AUGGAACGCAACCAGACAUGGAUCACAGACAUCACCCUGCUAGGAUUCCAGGUUGGUUCAGCACUGGAGAUUCUCCUCUGUGGACUUUUCUCUGUCUUCUAUACACUCACCCUGCUGGGGAAUGGGGUCAUCUUUGGGAUUAUCUGCCUGGACUGUAAGCUUCACACCCCCAUGUACUUCUUCCUCUCACACCUGGCCACCAUUGACAUGUCCUAUGCUUCCAACAAUGUUCCCAAGAUGCUGACAAAUCUUGUGAACAAGAAAAGAACCAUCUCCUUUUUGCCAUGCAUAAUGCAGACAUUCUUGUAUUUGGCUUUUGCUCACAUAGAGUGCCUGAUUUUGGUGGUGAUGUCCUAUGAUCGCUAUGUGGCCAUCUGCCACCCCCUACGUUACAACGUCCUCAUGAGCUGGAGAUUGUGCACUGUCCUGGCUGUGGCUUCCUGGGUGUUCAGCUUCCUCCUGGCUCUGGUCCAUUUAGUUCUCAUCCUGAGGCUGCCCUUCUGCGGGCCUCAUGAAAUCAACCACUUCUUCUGUGAAAUCCUGUCUGUCCUCAAGUUGGCCUGUACUGACACCUGGCUCAACCAUGUGGUCAUCUUUGCAGCCUGUGUGUUCAUCCUGGUGGGGCCGCUCUGCCUCGUGCUGGUCUCCUACUCAUGCAUCCUGGUGGCCAUCCUGAAUCAGUCUGGGGAGGGCCGCAGAAAGGCCUUCUCCACCUGUUCCUCCCACCUCUGUGUGGUGGGACUCUUCUUUGGCAGUGCCAUUGUCAUGUACAUGGCCCCAAAUUCCCGCCAUCCUGAAGAGCAGCAGAAAGUUCUUUCCCUGUUUUACAGCCUUUUCAACCCAAUGCUGAACCCCCUGAUAUAUAGCCUGAGGAAUGCAGAUGUCAAGGGAGCCCUGAGAAGGGCACUGAGGAAGGAGAGACUGACGUGA